GACUAGGUCAAGAACAGCUCACCGCACCCAUCACGUCAUUCUACAUCCGGGCUUGCCUCUUCCGGUCUUGCCUCGAGAGGAACAUAAAUACGGUUUCCAAGUCACUAAGGUACUAGAAGAGGCGCUCUUUUGACUCUUAGAGUGCACAGAGUUUAACAAAGGGUAAGGAACAGCCAGAAGUCAUCUUAGCGAGUUCUUUAUGAACAAGAUGCAGAUAAAAUGGAGGUUUUCGCUCAAGGUUCUCUUUGGCUUGAUUCUGGUCAUCACUCUCAACUGUCCCAGAGCCGCUUCGUCAAAACUCUCCGAGGAUGCAUUCGACAAACUAAAAGAAACGUUUGACACCCUGACUCAGACCAUUGGUAGUCUCUCAAGACAAGUCAUGAUGCAGCAGUUACUCAUUGAAGAAAAAAUACGAACAAAUGCGAACUCAGGAGUUAAGCAAAUCCGUGUUUUCAACACGGGCACGCGUAAUUAUCACACUGCGACCCACACGCGCACGGGCAGCGUUCUCUCAAUUCACGAUCACGCAAACAACGACCGUACCGUCGGGAUGGGGGAGUUUGUAGGUGUGCUGAACGGAGUUGAGUUCCGUACGAGACAUAAUGAUUACAGACUAUACAUGCCGCACAGGUCAAGCAACGAGUGGCACGCAACGGAGCCCAUACCGUUUCCUGAGGUCCCCCCAGAAGUGCUCAGCAAAGCAAACAUCACGGAGCAAAUCACAGAAAUGCGAGAAUGGUUCAAAGCGUGGCGUGACCAAAAUCACACCGUGCGUGACUACCGUAAAUACUUCAAGCCCGUGCUGUGUUACCUCGAGGGGGCCUGGACAACCGCUGACCCGGGGAAAAUCGAGGAGCCGUUUGAGAGCGACCGCCACUUCGUAAACGCCGCAAACUGGUUUGAUCUACAAGAGAAGAUCCGAUUUACUUCGUACACGGGGCGCAAAGACAACUUGGAAAACUUUUCUUUCCUUCCAACAACAAUAAUGAACGUGACUGAAGAUGGGAGACCGAUCUUUGCGCAGUGGAAUUACCGCAUUCUGUGCCAUCCGCUAUCUCGUGAUAUCCCCCUUAACAGGUUCCGCGUGGUGGACGAGCUUGGGGUGCGGCUUACAGGAAAGCGCUCGUACAAUCAGCAUAGCAAAACCAGGUCUGCAAGAUUCCAGUUAAACCCGUUUGACACGGACACUUGGCACGAUAAGGUCAAUGGCAAGAGAUGGGGGCUGCUAGACGAGAUUAUGGCCGAGAUUCCUGGCAAAGAUAACUACGCUGGCAAUCUAACAGACGAGGCAUUCGAUAUAGACGCUUAUAGUCUCGACCCAAAACAUCAAGGAGCCAAACUUGACGCCUCACGAUACCACCGCUGGUACAAGGUACGCCGGCGCGGGGCCAUGGGUUCUUCGACACGACAUCGAGGCUUUGCUGACGACACCUUGUUCAUGGCGAUGACGUCACAACCGAAAGUGGCUGGCCUCGACCUCCGUUAUCGUUGCAGGAGAUCACGUGGCGGCAGGAGUUGCAAAUCCGUCCACCAGAAAUGGACGUACGCUAUCCCCCUGGAGAUCAUCUACGUGACCCCCCUGAACCGCUGGAACCCUUACGACAUUCAGUACAAGGGUGCAGCCAACUCUGACUGGGGCAAGACGGUAGUGGAAAGGGGGGGCCGCAACGGAGGUCAAACCCCUAACAAGGCGUAUAACGGCACGAACAGCAGGGUAUACUACCAGACGCCAGUUGAGAUGUUUCUUGGACGGGAGGUGGAGAAGAAUUCUGCGGAUACCACAAGGAAAUCAGUUGGCGUGCUGGACAAACAAGGUAACGUACGUCAGUGUACUGCUAGCGGCACGCGCGUCUUUUUCCCCUACAUCCCCGGGGUAGGAUACCUUCGACAGCGCUAUCCCAUAAUGCCAGUGCACGGAGAGGGCAGUGCUGUAUGGAAGGAGCUAGAAGCUGUCAAAGAUCUCCUUCUCAAGUCUGAGACGUACAGCUACGCAUUCCGUGAGCCCCUGGGGGGAGGGAAGAAGCCGACAAAACCAAUCCAGGACUUGGUGCUACAGAUGACGACGAGUAAUCUUCGCUCCGUGUCUCCACAUGAGCACGAGGUCAAGCUAGAGCCUCAUGAGGUUGAGUUUCUAAGGUCUGGUGGUACAGUCACGAAAACCACCAGUGAAUCUGCCGGACAUGAUCACGUGGUCAAAGUUCGCUGGUUCCGGACCCCUCCCCGGUAUGUGGUAGUCCACUGCGAUGGAAAGGACAAGGGCUGGCUCAAGUGCUGGGAUAGGCACAGGGCGCGUCUGGUUGUCAUGGAAAACGAAUCGUAGUAAAUGAUUGGUCCGGAUUUUAAUAGUGAGACAGAGUGAUACAGAAGAGCAAGUCACAGAGCUUUUGAAAGAACAAUAGCAACCAUGGCAUGGAAGGUGACAAAAACAAGGAAAAGUGCCAAAGACAGAAAAAAAAACACCAUGCGCGCGUUUUAAUAAAGAGCAUACAAAUCUUUA